AUGGCAGCGAAAAAUCGAGAAAUUGAGGAAGGAAUUAUGCCGUCAGACCACGAAGAAAAUGACUUGCUAGCGGAGGUAGACGACGAACCGAUGAGUGUAGAUCUGAAAGCAGUGCCGAAAGUUCUGACAGAUUUAAGCAAGGCUAUAACAAGCAUGUCUUCAUCCAUGUUAAACAUGGAGCAAUCGAUAAAACGUAUGAAUUCCACACAGGUUGAAACCUCUGACUCAGAGGAGCAACCAGCAAAAAAGCGUGAAAGAAGGAACGAACAGGAGAAUGAAGCCGACAGCGAUGAUAGUGAUGGCGAGAAUUUACUUCGAGAAACAGAACCCCCGGCCGACUCGGCCACAGAGGGUGAAUCAGGCGUCCCAU